AUGUAUCCAAUAAGUCUGCUUACUGCGUUUAUGAUCAUUGGACUUAUCGGUAACUGCUUCGUGUUGUAUAUAUUCUCUAAACAGUGGGAAAGGAAUAAAACAUCCGUUUUUAUCAUUGCAUUGGCCGCUCUGGACGUGGUCAAUUGUACUUUAAUAAUUCCGGUUGAAAUCUCUGUGUUUGCGAAGCCGUUUACGUAUGACCAUGACGUUUUCUGCAAAAUCUCCAGAUGCUUGUCCUUCAUUGUCACGGCCAACUAUUCAUUUGUCCUGGUCACUGUGGCAUACGACCGCUACCUCAUGGUAUGCAAGCCACUCAAGAGGAUCACAUAUGGACAGCGUUACGCCACGAGGGCCUGCAUUGGGGUAGGCCUUCUAGCGGUCGCAACACAAUGGCCAUCUCUUUUUAUCUACGGAACCUACACAUUCCACUUACCAUUCCCAAAAGGCAACGGUCACCGUUUGUUAAAUUCCACGAACGCAUCAACGUUUAAUGUAAAUCAUACGGACGUGCACUAUUUUAUAGAAGGCAAAACCUGUCACCUGACGAAUUACUAUGACGAUGUUAACAAGAUACCAAAGUUCCUGUUCCACGGUUUCCUGAUGGUGGCUCACGUGAUAAUUUUUCUUACGCUUUUCGUGGUGUAUACGGUGAUCGGACAUCGUCUGUUCUUGUCGUCGUACGUCGAUAUCCUUGACAAUGGCAAGCUAGCGCCAGGGCUUUUUAAAAGAGGCAUCGUAUCGGCUAUAACAGGUACGGUGGCCAAAGGUAAAAGUCCGAAAAACAGUAUAACAACAGAUUCGUUUUCAAAUAAACAGGACAAGCGCGCGCGUGCGCAUAGCGACGGUCAAUCAGAUAAUGCUGACGUCAAAUCAUGCACGACAAGUAUAGGAGACCUGCGGAAGCCCAGUGACCCUGUAGCGUCGGGCGACGAACCAGAUUAUGCGCAGUUCAAAGGAUCGUUUACUGCCUUGGAAGAAGAAAACGUUUUUGAGACAAACGGGAACAAAAAUGGCGUCGUUCGAGCGGUUGAUUGUGUAAGCAUAACGUCCAAUCUAGGCGCUAGCUCAGACGUAAGUAUGGUAUAUUCCUCCGUGCCGCAUCGACAGGCUAGACCGGGUGGCGACUUGAAGGAGCUCUCUCUGAAAAAGAACACGUUAAUCAUGAGAACGGUUACGUUUACGUUCAUGUUGAGUUAUCUCCCUUUCUUGAUCCUCGUCAUGCUGAGGUACGCGGACGAAGACAUUCCGUCAAAGUUGAAGAGGAACUUCAAGAUCGUGUAUCAUGUGUUCCUGAAGAGCUAUUUCUUGAAUAGCGUAUCGCGCCCGUUCAUUUACAUCGUCAUGAACGAGCAGUACAGAUCGAAAUUACUAAAUCUGAUAUGUAGCUGGCGAAGACGCUCAUAG